AUGUCUACAUGGACUCCAAAACCAGAUCCAUUGCCGUGGGAUACUAUUGAGUUAAUCAUUGGUGGAAUUAUUCCAAUAGGUCUCAUUGUAAUUGGUACAUUGGGUAAUAUUUUAUGUAUUGGUAUCUUACUAUCUGAAGCUCAUCGACAAACAUCAACUAAUGUUUAUUUAAUAUUUUUAUGUUUGAUGGAUACAAUAUCACUUUAUCAAUGGAAUUUAAGUCGGGCAUUACAGGUGUUUACAAAUAAUAAACAAACAAUGUGGGGUUCAUCAUUGAUUAUGUGUAAAUUGAGUCAAUUUUUUCCUUAUUAUACAUUACAUACAUCAGCUAUAUUUCUUACAUUUGUUGAACUUGAUCGAGCUUGUUUAUUAAGAAGUAUUUGGUUUAAAAAUAAAAUAGCUCGACCACGUAUUGCAUUGAUAAUUUCAAUUCUUAUUCUGAUUUGUUUUCUUGCAAUAGAUGGAUUUUUAUUUGGAUUAGGUUUUGAAACUUCAACAUACAAUAAUAGUACGGGUACAGUACAAACAAAAGUUUCAUGUUUCUAUUCUUUAAAUACUGACUUUUAUAAUUUCUAUGUAUAUCCAUAUAUAACUAUGCAUUUAGUUAUCAUGUAUAUUAUACCAUUUAGUGUUAUUGUUAUUUGUACACUUUUAACAAUUAACAAGUUAUUCAUAGGGCAAAUAUCAACAAAUGAACAAUUAGCAAGAAGUGCUUAUCGUAAUCGUCGCAUAUCCUUUAUGUUAUUAUUCAUGUGUUUGGCAUAUAUUAUUUGCACAUUGCCUAAUCGUUUAUGUUUUUCUGUAUUCAAAGAUCAGAUUAUGGGUCAUGAUUAUACAGAUACGGUUCUUCUUGGUUCAAAUACUCUAAUGUAUGCAAGAAAUGCUAUUGAUAUAUUUUUUCUUUAUAUAUCUAUUCCUGCAUUUCGUGAAGACGUUAAUAAAUUAGUUUUUAAAUGUAUUCGUAAAGUGCCAACUGAGAACGAGCUAAUGCAGCGAACACAGCAAACACGACAAACAACAACGCGGAACAAUAACUAA